CUCCCGUAUCGUGUCCGUUGGCAGGACCUUAAGGAUCUUUUUCGUCGCGCAGGCACCGUCUUGCGUGCUGACGUAUCACUAGGUCCUGAUAAUCGUUCACGAGGCUAUGGUACUGUCCUCCUGGCCACCGCAGAGGAUGCGGGAAGGGCAAUCGACAUGUUAAAUGGAUAUUGCUGGCAGAACAGAGUCCUGGAAGUGCGCCCCGACAGGCUUGGCGCAAGUGUCGAUGAAAUGGGCGCGAGUCUCGCAAUGAGAGGCGUAAAUGGGCACCCAUCAGCUUUUCCACCUGCAGGCAAUAUAUACGAUGAAAUUACAUUUGGACAGGAUCUCGUAGGUGGCACUGGAAUGAAAACACUCUUUGUGGGUAAUCUUCCUUUCCACAUCCAAUGGCAGGAUUUAAAGGACCUGUUCCGUGCUGCGGGUGCUGUUGCUCGAGCAGAUGUUACCCUGGGCCCUGACGGGCGCUCCCGCGGGUUCGGAACCGUCAACUUUGUUACGGAGGAUGGUGCUGAGCGAGCGCGGAGGAUGUUUGAUGGGUAUGAAUUCAAUGGACGACCACUGAAGGUCCACUACGAUAGA